GAGAACAAAAUCACAUGACUCAUCAACAAGAGAGCAUCACCAGCCGAAUCAACUCAUCCAUCAACAAACUAGAACGCAGUUUUAUCCCUUUUUGCCCAUUCGUUUACCCAAUAUUUGCUGAUUCUUUUCCUAUUUGUCUCUAGGCAUUAGCCAAAGUUCAGAAACACCUCGGUCGAAACAAGAUUAAAGAAGAAGGAUCGUAGUAGAAAAGUAAAUAAAAUCUUUAAUAUGUAAGAAUAUUGUUAUAGCAAUAGUAAUUGGCUUUAGCUUGUCCCGGAAAAUAUCAAAAUAAAUAAAUUAUAGUAGUAGUAGUAGUCUGAUCUUGUUUCUUUUAUGGGCGUCCGGUAAAUCCAGAGAACACGCCUCUCUACCUUUGCACGAAAUCCUUAUCCGUGAUCUCUACAUAACCUCUUGUCUUGUUUCUCCUCUGCAAUUCCCAUAUCUUUAUGUCUUCAAUCUAAUCAUUUCUUCUUCUCUGAUUCUUCAUCCCUCUUGUUUUUUUUUUUUGAAAUCCCUCUCAGCUUAAAUUCUGUGGUUUUCUUUGGUCUGGUUUUAGGGUUUUUUUUCAUCUCUUUAAACAAACCCUCGAGUAAUCUCUGCGCUUAAAGCUUACUCUUUCGAUUCCAUCGACGGUUGUUCUUUUUUGAGAUGGGCUUGGUUUCAGUUUUUAUGGAGAUUUUAAGAAAACCCACACUUGGGGAUGUGUUGAGCGAGUUAAUGAUGUUUAUAGCUCCUUUAUGGGUUGCUGUGAUUGUUGGGGUUUUUGUUGGAUGGGCUUGGAAGCCAAAGUGGGCAAAUUUAGGCAGAGAUUCAACUCCCGCAUCUUCAGAGUAUGCUUCUGCUGGUCUUGGUUCUAUUUCAAGCUUGAAUUUGAUCAAGUUUCAGUUGCCGAGUUGCAUCUCUUCGAUUACAGAUGAUGGAACUCAAAAGGAUUCUUUUUCUUUGCCACCUACCCUUGAUUCCAAUUGCAGUUCAUCACAGAUUGGGAAGGAACAAACCGGUUUUGUGACAGAUGAGGAUUUAGAGCAUUUGUAUAAAUUAGUUGAAGAAAAAGAUGGAGGUCCUGCUUGGAUUCAGAUGAUGGAUCGCUCUACGCCAACUAUGGGCUAUCAGGCUUGGCUAAGAGAUCCUGAGACUGGUCCUCCACAAUAUCGUCAUCGGACUGUUUUUGAGGAUGCUACCCCUGAGAUGGUGAGGGAUUUCUUUUGGGAUGAUGAAUUUCGACCGAAGUGGGAUGACAUGCUUGUUUGUGCUGCAACCAUGGAGGAGUGCCCCAGCACAGGGACAAUGGUGGUCCACUGGGUUCGCAAGUUUCCCGUCUUCUGUAGCGACAGAGAAUAUGUGAUAGGUCGUCGGAUUUGGGAGUCUGGGCAAUCCUAUUACUGUGUUACUAAGGGAGUACCAUAUGCCUCUGUGCCAAGAAAAAACAGUCCUAGGCGCGUUGAUUUAUACUAUUCAAGUUGGUGUAUCCGUGCAGUUGAAUCAAGGAAAGGAGAUGGUCAGCUGACUGCAUGUGAGGUGCUACUUUUUCAUCAUGAAGAUAUGGGUAUACCAUGGACAAUUGCAAAGCUUGGAGUCAGGCAAGGUAUGUGGGGAACCGUCAAGAAGAUUGACCCUGGCUUACGUGCUUAUCAGAAGGAGAGAGCAUCCAGAGUGGCCCUAUCCCGUUGUGCUUUCAUGGCUCAGAUAAACUCUAAAGUAAGUGCAGACUACCUGAGAUCUUUGGAAAGCAACAGUAAUGAUUCAUCAGAGCUUGAAACACACAAAUCAUCUGGGAAACCGUACCUGAGAUCCUUGAAAAGCAAGAGUAAUGAUUCAUCAGAGUUUGAAACACGUACUUCAUCUGAGAAACCGUUGGGGAACAACAUUCCCAAACUUUUAGUUGUUGGUGGGGCUAUUGCCCUUGCUUGUACUCUGGAUCGAGGGCUCUUGACCAAAGCCGCUAUAUUUGGCAUAGCCCGAAGGUUUGCUAAAAUUGGAAGGAGGUUGUAAAUCAUAAUAUUUUGGGUAAAUUACAUAUAUACAUAUAUAUAUAUAUAUAUU